AUGGCGCGGGCGCUGCGCGGCGCCGCGGGGCCGGUGCGGGGCCUCGGCUCGGGGCCCGGCGGGGAGCGGGGCCCGCGGGUGCGGUUCGGGCCCAGCCCCACAGGUUUUCUGCAUUUGGGUGGCCUUCGAACCGCUUUGUACAAUUACAUUUUUGCCAAAAAGCACCAAGGGACCUUUAUUUUGAGAGUGGAGGAUACGGAUCAAAACCGAGUGGUGCCUGGAGCUGCAGAAGGAAUAGAAGACAUGCUGGAUUGGGCAGGUAUUCCCCCUGAUGAGAGUCCUCGCCGCGGUGGCUCCUUUGGCCCCUACCAGCAGUCGCACAGGCUGGAGCUGUACCGGAGUGCCAGCGCCGAGCUGCUGGAGCGGGGCGCAGCGUAUCGCUGCUUCUGCACCCCGCAGCGCCUGGACCUGCUGAAGAAGGAGGCUCUGCGCAGCCAGCAGACCCCGCGGUACGACAACCGGUGUCGGCACCUGACGCCUACCGAAGUGGCUCAGAAGCUGUCACAGGGCCUCGACUGGGUGGUGCGCUUCCGGCUGGAGAAGGGGGUAGAACCCUUUCAGGACCUGGUCUAUGGCUGGACCAAGCACGAAGUGGCUGAGGUGGAGGGUGACCCGGUGAUCCUCAAAGGGGAUGGCUUUCCCACGUACCACCUGGCGAACGUGGUGGAUGAUCAUCACAUGGGCAUCAGCCACGUCCUGCGCGGAACUGAGUGGCUGACUUCAACGUCCAAGCACCUCCUCCUCUACAGAGCCUUUGGCUGGGAUCCCCCUCAGUUUGGUCACCUCCCGCUGCUUCUGAACAAGUACGGGGGCAAGCUGUCCAAAAGGCAGGGGGACAUCUUCCUGGAGCGCUUCGCUCAGGAUGGCUACUUGCCAGAGGCUCUGCUGGACAUCAUAACCAACUGUGGCUCGGGAUUCCCAGCGAACCAGAUGGGGAGGACCUUGGAGGAGCUGAUCAUGCAGUUUGAAGUAGACAGAAUUACCACCCAUUCUGCCCUCCUGGAUCUGGAAAAGCUCCCGGAAUUCAACAGGAUUCACCUCACCCGUCACAUAGAGAACGAAGGCCUGCGACAGAAGCUGAUUAAAGAGCUGCAGUUGCUGGUGGAGCAGGUCUAUGGGGAUCAGCAAGUGGAUCAAGAGGUUCUAGAAAAGGACUAUGUGGAGCGAGUUCUCCUGCUGAGAAAGGGCCACAUAAGCUUCCUGAAGAAUCUGGUGUCCAGUGAUUAUUCUUACCUAUGGGUCAGGCCCUCGGUGUCCCGAGAGCAGCUACAAAGUAUGUCUGGGGAAGCAGAUGAAAUAGGAAAACUGGUCUUAGGGCUCAUGACAAGGCAGGCGGCUGUUUUGACCGUGGAGGAGUUGAACAAAGACCUGAGAAGCCUCCACCAGCAAACCAAAGAGACCAAGUACAGCAACGUGAUGCAGCUCCUUCGCUUGGCUCUCAGCGGACAGCAGUGUGGGCCGAGCGUUGCCGAGAUGAUGGUGACUUUGGGACCCAAAGAAGUGUGUGGACGGAUACACAAAGCCCUGUCCAGCUAAUGCCAGAUCUGAGCUCCAGGAAUGACCUGGCAGGCAGCCCAUGGACUUGGAUGGUGUAGGCAGCACCCGUCGGAGUCCCAGACUUGUAGUUUUUGAUCUCAACAUGAUGAUCUUUAAUCAGACGAGCUGAGCUUUAGACCAGGCAGGUGUCAUCGUGGUGUGUCCAGGUCUGUAUGUAUCUGCACUAAGCAUAAGCCACUUUGGCUGAGAGAGGAACCAAAUACAGAUUGAGGUCCGUCCUCCUGCUGUCACCUCAUGCAACUAGCCUGGUUUGCAGGCUGGGAGAACAAGAUGUUUAUCUCUGGUUAAAUUCA